GCAGCCAGACGCCAGCAGCAGCAUCCAGCUCGGAGGUAACAGCCAGCUGGCCAUAUUGUGCACCAGAUCCCCGCAAAUCGGCUGCGUCACACCUACAACACAAAAAAUAUAUCGCUGCACUGGACAACAUAUUCAGCACACCAGGAGAAACACGCUGUUUUCCAAAACGCUUCUCUGCUGAGCUGGUCGGGUUUUUUUUUGCUGCAGAGAAAAUGGUGAAACUGGGGAAUAAUUUCAGCGACAAAAAUACCGGGAAGGUGGUGUCUGAAGACGGGUUUGACACCAUCCCUCUCAUAACACCAUUAGAUGCCAGUCAGCUGCAGUUCCCUCCACCGGAUAAGGUGGUGGUGAAGACAAAGGCUGACUAUAUUGAGAGCAAGAAGGGGAAGCUACGAUCUCCUAAAAUCGCAGAAUUCUCCAUCAGCAUCAUUGAAGGCGUCUCUGAGCGACUCAAAGUGACCUUGCUGGUGAUCUGUGCCCUGGCCUUCCUGGUGUGUGUGGUGUUCCUGGUCGUCUACAAGGUCUACCAGUACGAGCAGCCGUGCCCCGACAGCUUUGUUUACACGCAAGGCCGCUGCAUGCCGGCUGGGAUGUACGGCAUGUACCCACGUCAGGGCCCAGGGGGCCGCGGGCGCCUCUUCACCCUCAUCAACCACUACAACAUAGCCAAGCAGACCAUCACCCGGUCAGUAUCUCCAUGGAUGACCAUCAUGUCUGAGGAAAAGAUCACCCAGCAGGAGACGGAGACCGCCCAGAAACUGGCUUAACCCACUUGGGAUCAGGAGGUGGACUCACCUGCUUCAGAAACAAAUAAAAAAUGAUUAAAUAAUAUGGUUGUGCCAUUCAAGCAAACCUCAGAGUCCUGGGGCUUUCUGUUCUGUGAGGAAGCGACUUACCUUGCCUGGAGAUGCUCUGCAGGCUUGUUGAUGUAGUUCUGGGGAGUUGUUUACUGUAGCGGGAAAUUUAGUCAGCAAAGCAAGCCUCCCCGACGGGUGGAUUCAUGGUUUGUUUGAAUUGCAUGUGUUGUUAUUUAUUUACACUUUGAAACUGUGGCUAACAUGUAUGAAAAGCCACAGGGACACACACACUAUGACUUACUGUCUUUGUACACACACAUGUAUACACGUAACAGAACUCACUUUAGUACUCACAUUGUGAAACGACUGUGAACCAUCUUGUGUCUGCGUUGCUUGUUUUAAUGCACAAGCAGCGACGACUUCUGUUGGCUUCUAAGCCUUUUCUUUUCAAAUAGAUCAAGUACUGAUUGUGCAUGUCAGACCUCAGUGGUAAAUUGCUCAUGAAGCGACAAAGUUUAGAGCACAUUUGCCUCAGAUGUCAUCUGUGUCAAAACAUUUUACUGUCAUGAUAUUGUGAUUAAAUGAGGCUCGACCUGGAGGAAACCUUAUAACCAGCAAAAAAAAAGAAUAUACUAUUUUAAUUGUGUUGUUUUGACGCAGCCCAUACGGCUCUCUGCAUAUAGUGCUGUUAAGGAGUCUUUAGUAUUUGAUGCAUCGAGUCUUUUCAACCAGCAUUAAUGAUUGUCUCCAGCCAUUUGUACUCUUUGUGAACAACAUGUGCUUUUCUUUGCUGGCCUCUUCACGGUCACUUUUCACAGCACACAUUUUAUGCUACUGAAUGUUUUUGCAUCGCUAGUGAAGACACUGUAUUGCGCAAUGCUUUGCAUUGAUUAAUGUCACCAUAGAUGGUCGUUUGUAGCCAUCACCGAGACUAGACUUAGAUUGAUGUAGUGGAACGAUCUGACGGCAGUCACUUGUCCUGUUGCUUUUUUCUGCAUUUGUCAUUUACCUUGAACUGUCACAAAUGUACCUUUUUCAAACAAUGUAACAAUUACCAUUGAAGUGCAUUUGCUACGUAAAAGAAUUGUUCAAUGAAAUAAAGUGCCCACAUUUCACUA